AUGGCUGCCAACGGCGCCGGCGUCCUCGGUGCCAGUGGCGGGGCUGCCGCUGAGCCCAUGGCCAAGAUCCGAGAAGCCCUCGACGUCGUCCACAGCCCCUUCUCGAACAACGACGCCCGACGCGAUGCGCAAAACUUUCUCGAGGAAAUUAAGGGCCACGGCGACGCGCCUAUGCAAGGCUACAACCUCGCCCGCGACAAGUCACAGCCGCCUGUGGUGCGACACUACGCCCUCUCGCUUCUCGAGCACGCGAUCCGAUACAAGUGGUCGGCCUAUAACGAGGAGCAGGCCCUGACCCUUCGCAGCUGGGUUCUCGAGCUCGCGCAGGCCGUCUCCCGCGCCGACCCUCCGUACCUCCGCAACAAGACGGCCCAAUUAUGGGUCGAGGUCGCCAAGCGCUGCUGGGGAGAGGACUGGCUCGACAUGGACACCAUGCUCCUUCGCCUUUGGGAGGUUCCCGACUCGGCCGUCCACAAGGAACUCGUCAUGUUCGUCCUCGAGACCCUCUCCGACGAGGUCUUUGCCGGAGAUGACUCUGUCGUCGCCAUGCGCGAGGGAGUUCUCAGCAAGGCCUGCGUCGAGGUCUUUACCCCAACUGCCGUCCUCGUCGAGGCAUUCCCCAACCGGCAUCCCGGCCCCGACGUCAGGAGCGACCAUGAUGGCUGGCUCAACAGGCUUUCCAUUCUCCUUGGCAGCUGCCUGGCCGCAAACCCGGCAGACAAUGAAGAGGUCAAGUCAUGCGUAAUCAAGGGCCUGUCUCUCAUGCUCUCGCUGAUGCCCUGGGCCAUCCCCAAAGCCAUUGCCGCCGCCGGAUGUGUUAAUUACAUGUGCCAGGGCCUUUCUUCCACCGUCCCUGAGAUCCAAAAGGCUUCACUAGACGCCCUGCACGCUCUCUACUGCCGAACUAACUUUUCCGACGAAGAGUUUCUAGAUCUCGUCGCCCCAAUGUAUAACCAGUCCUCGGUCGACCUUUGCAAGCAAUUGUACUACUGGGCCGCCGUCGACGCCAAUGACAUUGACGACGACAAGUACCAGAUUUUGAAGAAGCUGUCUGAAACGCUGUCCAGUCUAGGCGACUACUUCGACCGCAAAUUUCAUCACAUUCCGAGCGAAGCUGCCAAGGGCAGCUUUCUCCAGCUUCUUCUCGAAGUGGUCCAGAGCCCGAGUCUCAUGGUUUCCAUCCCGGUCCUUGUGUCGUGGACGCGUCUUCUGAAUCGCAAAGACAUUGGAGGUAGCGACAUCGUGUCUCCCUUGAUUGGCCCUUUGCUUGAAGUGUGUAGCUCGAGAAUGGUUCGCUAUGAGAACCUUCCGGAAGACAACGAGGAUGCUACAUUUCUCUUCCUCCAAGAAGAUACCGACACGUUGCCCGAACGGCAUGCGUUCUUGGGCAACUAUCGCAGAUAUAGCUCUCAAGUAAUCGAAGCCAUUGUCCAGCUCAAGCUCGUCGACGCCGUAUCUCACAUUCUCGGCCGAGCUGAGCACAUUCUACAGCAUCUCUACGAUGGGCAACCCCCCUUUAACAAACAAUCAUACACUAAACACUCCAUGCCCGCCCUCAUGGUUGAUUCUCACUGCACAGUUAUUGAGUCGACCCUCAAGGGCUACAUGAAGUGGCGAAGACAUCAUCAACAAAGCACCAAUGCCCCUGAAAUGAGCGAAUUAGAGACUAAUUUGGAAACAUGGUGCAACAAACUAUUGGGGAUGAGUUUCGAGGAUCCCAUCAUUAGAAAACGCACCCUGCAAUUGCUUGUCGUUUUUUCCACAACGGCACUCAACAAGAAUGCUGGCUUCAUGCUAAAGGUGCUUGAGCAUAUCUUGAUGACCUGGCCAACCAUUGAGCCAGAGUACCGUGCAUUCAACGACGCUAUUAAAGACCUGCAAAGUGAGAGCAUGGUAGAAUUACAACGGCUUGCUUCCGAAAUGCCAGAUCAUCUCUUGGCCGUCUUUGACCAAAUCGAGAGACGAGUCAACGAGAUGCUUUCAUCCGGUACGCUCGACGAUAAACGCGCUCUUGCCUACCGCAGCUUUCUCUUCCUCAUCAUCCAUCGAGCGCAAAACGUCGAUUUGACAACAAAGAUCCACAAGUUGCGCGAGUUUAUCGGGCCGGUGUUAACACAGUGGCAGACGGAGAACCUCAGGGCAGCUGUCGCGUCGUAUCCCGGGUUUUGCGAUCAGCUUGGGCUCAAUAAGGCGCAGGAUUAUCUCACGCGCAAGCAGGCUGACAAAAUCCAAGACUGGGGCUCCCAUGAACUGGACGCCGAGGGACUAGCCCUGCAAAACGAGAUGGAAGAGCGCAUCAAGGUGCUGCCAUUGCGAGCGACCAAGUCGUUCCUUGCCUUCUCAGUCGAGCGUCUAGACAAGUCCUCGUCCGCCUUUCAAGCUUCGUACGCCCUAUGGCAAGAUGGCUUUUCUAGUCUUUUGGCCGAUCUCCUACAAUUACUCAGCUUUGCACAUGCUACACACAACCCGGAAAACUGGACUGGUCUACCUAGUGAAUCGCGCUCCAUGGUUGCUCGCGUGCUCAGUGACAGGUUCUGGCAGGCGGGCAUCUCCGACGGUAGCAAGGACGACUUUUAUGCACGUGUGAUAGAUAAGAAGAACACCAUGGAAGGCCUGGCGUCGACGGUCCGCGGAUCCGUUCGGUUCGUCCGAGAGACGGCCUACGCCAUUAUCUACUGCAUGAGCCGGCUAGAGCUCCAGUUUUACGACUUCGACGGCCUCGCAGGCCCGCUGGCAAACGCGCUCUUUGCCGAUUCGACCUGGCUGUCGACGCACCAGCAAAGCAACCUACUUAAUUUGGUUCGAUAUCUAGUGGACGACUGUCCCGUGGACUACCGAGAGCGCUUCCUGCCGCCGCUGCUGUCGGCGUGCUUCCGGCAAAUGGACGCCAAGGUCCACGGCGAGUGGGAGAAGAUGGACGCACAGCAGAGCAUCGCGGCCGAUGGUGAGGACGGGCUGAAGGAGGAGAUGAAGUCGGAGAGUAUCCUGCGCCAGGUGACGUAUACGGGCGUUGUUAUGAUGGCGGACUUCUUGGAUCCCACGAAGCACAAUCCUCCGACAUUGCAGGCGCGAGCACAGAAGGCGAAUGGCGCGGAGGUGGUGCCUCCAACAGAAGACUACCCGUCUCUACGCCGAUUUUGCUUGCUACAUCAAGAGAUUGUAGAGCCGCUCCUGGUCUUUUGCGCUCAUGGAAUACGCAUGAGGGAUACGAGAUGCUGCGGCAUGGUACUGCGACUGCUGAUAUCGCUCGUGCCCGAAUUCCAGCCAAACCCCCCAGCGAGAAAGCCGCAACCUGACGGCACCUUAGGCCCCGCGGACCCGUCACCUAUCCCAGGGGAAAUUGCGUCAGCAAUCCGGGAGUACUUGUCGAGUGACGUGCUGCGGGCGUGCCUGACGUCGUUUCACGAGCCGUACUUUGUCGAGGUGCAAAAGGAGCUGGCGUCGCUCAUUGCGGCCGUGUACGUGCACUACAGCCCGGCGACGAUGACGCCGCACAACCUGCUGACGUCGCUGCCCAACGUCGAGGCGGGCGAGCUGGCGCUGCUUAAGCCGUACAUGGCGAAGCCUGGGUCGCAUAGCCGGCAGCAACGUGUGAUUGUCCUGGAGCUGCUCCGGAAUCUAAAGGGCGUGAGCGUGUCGGAGAUGGGGAAGCUGGCGAAGAGUGCGGGCCUGGCGCAAGGCGGAGGUGCCGGUGGACGUGUUAAAAAGGCGACACCGGGGAGGAGUAAGAUGGCGCAGAGCUUCAUGACGGAGCAUGCACCGGCGGCACAAAGUAACGGUGCACCCACGACGACACGCAUGGAGCAGGUCACGGGGGGUGCAGGAGGAGAUAGGCGCGCGACGCCGGACGCUCUAGACGGCGUGUCGAACCUGUUUGAUGCUUAG